GAGGGCGGCGCGGGAGGGACGCGGCGGCUCGUCCGGGCGGCGCGGCCGCUGGCACCAUCCGCGCCGGCUGCGGGAGCCCUUCCUCGGCGGCGGCGGCGGCGGCUUCCCAGCGGAGCCAUGGUCCCCGUGGGGAGAGAUGCUCGGACGUCCCGCUUGCCGCGCCGUGGGUGAUGACGAGGAGGGCCUGGCCGCGGCAUGUUCUGACCCCGGGGUUCCCGCACAGGCUUGGAGCGGCACUGAGAAACACACGGGGGGGCCCGGAACACGAUGAACAAACUGAACUUCCACAAUAACAGAGCCAUGCAGGACCGACGCAGCGUCUGCAUUUUCCUCCCCAACGACGAGUCCCUCAAUAUCAUCAUAAAUGUUAAAAUAUUGUGUCAUGAAUUACUGGUCCAGGUAUGUGACCUGCUACGGCUGAAGGACUGCCACCUCUUUGGACUCAGCGUCAUACAGAACAAUGAGCACGUGUACAUGGAGUUGUCCCAGAAGCUGUACAAGUACUGUCCAAAGGAGUGGAAGAAGGAAGCGAGCAAGGGCUUAGACCAGUUCGGUCCCCCAAUGAUCAUCCACUUCCGGGUGCAGUAUUACGUGGAGAACGGCCGCCUGAUCAGCGACCGCACGGCCCUGUACUACUACUACUGGCACCUGAGGAAGCAGGUGCUGCGCUCGCAGUGCGUCCUGCGCGAGGAAGCCUACUUCCUGCUGGCCGCCUUCGCCUUGCAGGCCGACCUGGGCAACUUCAAGCGGAGCAAGCACUACGGGAAGUACUUCGAGCCCGAGGCAUACUUCCCCGCUUGGGUGGUGGCCAAGCGAGGGAGGGGCUACAUCCUGAAGCACAUCCCCAUCAUGCACAAGGACCAGCGGGCGCUGCCUGCCUCCGAGGCGCACCUCCGGUACAUCAAGGAGGCCGUGCGGCUGGACGACGUGGCCGUGCAUUACUACCGGCUGUACAAGGACAAGAAGGAAAUCGAGGCCUCCCUGACCCUGGGGCUCACCACGCGGGGGAUCCAGAUAUUUCAGAAUGCGAACGGCGAGAAGCUCCUGCUGUUCGACUUCCCCUGGACCAACGUGGGGAAGCUCGUCUUCGUGGGCAAGCGGUUCGAGAUCCUGCCGGACGGGUUGCCAUCCGCCCGCAAGCUCACCUACUACACCGGCUGCCCGCUGCGCUCCCGCCACCUGCUGCAGCUGCUGAGCAGCAGCCACCGCCUCUACAUGAACCUGCAGCCCGUCCUGCGGCGGAUCAGGACGCUGGAGGAGAACGAAGAGAAGAAGCAGUACCGCGAGUCCUACAUCAGCGACGCGCUGGACCUCGACGGGGACCCGCUGGAGAAGCGCUCGCGGGCCAGCGGGAGCAGCUCGGGCAGCGCCAGGCCCCCGGGCCUCUCCCGCCACUCCACCGCCAGCCACGGCAGCUCGCACACCUCGGGCAUCGAGGCCGACCCCAAGCCGCGGGAGCGGGCCGCCGAGGAGGACUUCCUGCUGGCCGCCGUGCACCACACGCUCCGGGCCUGCAGCUCCCUGACCAGCCGCGGCAGCUCCCACACCUCCGGCGUGGAGAGCGGCGAGAAGGAGCGGCCCGAGGAAGACUCCUCCCAGGAGGACGAAAUUGAGAUGCUGGUGGAUGACCCCCGAGACCUUGAGCCAGCCAGCGAAACGUCCCUGGAUGACGUGAGCCCCGAUGUUUGCAUUUACAUCACGGAGGACAUGCUGGUGGCCAGGAAGUGCAACGGACAAUCAGGACUGGUCGUCAAGGAAGUCAGCUCCUCCACAUCAAGUUCCUCGGAGACGGUGGUGAAGCUCCGUGGCCAGAGCACGGAUUCCUUGCCGCAGACGGGCGGCAGGAAACCCAAGACCUCCACCGACAGGCACAGCCUGAGCUUGGACGACAUCCGGCUGCACCAGAAGGACUUCCUGCGCCUGGCCAGCCUGUGUCAGGAGUCGGCGCAGAGCUUCACCUUCGGCUGCGGCCACGGCCUGGCCGGGGACAGCCUCUACUGCAGCGGCUGCCUCGCACAGCAGUGCGUCAACAUGCAAGACACUUUCCCCGUCAAGAGGGCCAGCAAGUACUUCUCGCUGGACCUCGCCCACGAGGACGUUCCGGAGUUCGUGGUCUGACGCUGCCCUCGCGGCCCUCUCGAGAGACAAUCCAGGAAGGCGUCGUCCCUUCGUGAGCUCCUUCUGGUGCCAACGGGGAUCCCCCCCUCAGCGUCUUUUUGGGAUGCUUUGCAAUCAAGGCCUUCCUCCGCACUUUUCCAGGUUCCCGUCCCGGCAGUGGGAUCCUGGGCACGGAUGUUCGGGGGUGGAACUCAACGCGAGUGUAAAUCGGUUGGAUUUCGAAAACCUGGUUUCUCUCAAAGCAGCUCCUUGGCCUCUCUCAUUUUGACAAAAGAAGAAAGAUGCACCAUGUUGCUCUUUUUUAAUUGUUCUGUCCUCGUCCUUCGCCUCCUGGGAGCCCUCAAAUCUUCCAGAUGCCCUUCUUUUUUUCGCAUUUGCAACUUUUGUUUGGUCUCUGCCAUUGUGGUGUAGGUGCUAAAUGUGAGAAUGUUGUCUUUAUUUUUCCCCCCCGCUUGUUCAACUCUAUUAAGCCAAAGAAACUCAUGUGCUCCCACAUGGGUGACAUGGAGACCGAGGCCUGAGCCAUAACAAACCAAAAGGACACUGUGAGUGUCGAGAAGACGGCAGGAAGGCGGACCAAGUUGUGAGAUGCGGUCAAUCCGUUUUGCGACUUUGCUUCUUCGCCACACACAAAGUUCUUGGGCUGCGAUCCAAGCCAAGCCUCCAUCGGAUACUUUGAGAAGUUUACAAAAAACCAAAAACUGGUAUGCAGAGAAUGGGAUUUAGAAAGCUUCUGGAAGCUUUUUUGUUUGUUUGUCCGUUCGUUUGUUUCUUUUUAUCCCUUGGGGGAAAAUGCUAAAGAACAAAUCUUUAAGGAUGUAGCAAUAAGUUUGGUUGACCAAAGUACCUUUAAGUUAGGGGUGGGGGGGAGAAUAUAUAAAAGUACAUAUAUAAAUCUAUAGAGAGGAAUCUCUGUUUAAUGGAUGUUCGAACUUAAAGAUCCCAUGUUUUAUUUUUAUUUUGUUUGAACUGCCUUUUGUAGAAAGAGUUACCUAAUGCCUCGUUUCUUUCAUAUAUAUAUAUAUUAUAGAUACACACACAGGGAUGCGGGAGGGAGUGAUCAAGAGAGAGAGACUCCUGUAAGGGCUGACCUGAUGCAGGGAGAGGGAAGGGGUCUCCCUUCUUGCUCGUUUUGGGGAGGUGAGGAGGUUCCCGCAGAAUCCAGUAGGAAGGGGGAGAAUCCCCGCUGCCUGGUUUGCGUCCGGCGCACCUGGGCCGUUCCCCACAUCGGGCAUUCGUGCUCACUGCAGCACCUGCUCACCUGGCGUCUCACCUGCCCAGCAGGUUUGUGAAUGCCCAGCGGUCUGCAGUGGGGCAAAGGAGAGCUUUCUGCACCUUUACACCUUGGGCUUCAGGGGGACUCUCAGAACCCCCUGCAGUUCUGUCAGCCCGGCCCACUGGGGCUUUGGGCCUCUGCCACGCCAGGGGCAGGGAGGGGUUGGAACCCAGCCUCGCCCCCAUCUUCCCCCCCACUCCUCUCAGCUCGCCCCCCAGCGGGAUGUGUGGCUUUUACAGACGCACAUGAAGUGCGCCCGGCCGCGACGCCUGCAUUUGGCCCAAGCCCCCUGGCCCGUCCCUUUCUGUGCCUCCGAGGCCCCCGUGAAAUAAAAGCUUGCGCACGUGUGUGCUGCAGAGAGCGAGGAAGGGCCAGGGCUUCCCACAUCUUGUGCGUGUGCGACAGAAAUGCACUGGCCGCUGCAGAGUAUCUUUGCCUCGCCCUGUGCUUUUUAAACGGGCCCGGAUGGUCCCUUGUCUGGGAUUCAGGUGCCUGCAAGCCAUUACAUGGAGCUGUUUUCCCCAAGCGGUUUUUAAACACACACACCAUAGAUACACACACACACACAACACGACUCAGAGCACAAUGCCUUUUGAAAUUAUCUAUCUAUAUAUAUAUAUAUUUAAAGAAUUUUGUACCCACAGCAAUAGCAUUCCCAUAUUUUGAUAACAUUGUCUUUUUAUAAAGCUGAAAGCAUACAGAUAUUUUUGUAAAGAGGGCUUACCUUCCGUUUUCACAGCAUCCCGGUGAGUCCAGAAAGUCUGCCUAAAAUGGCCUUCCCCAGCCACGUGCCCUCCAGCUGGGCCAGGACUACAACCCCCAUCAUGCCACACUAGUAAGGCAAUAUCAGGCGUCCACGAUGGGAGAGGCGGUCCCGCACAGCCGGUGGGCUUCAGUGGGGUGAAGCCCGGUCCAAACAAACAGAGAAGGGGCUCGUGGUGCAGCGAGGGGUGUGGGGGGGGGCUGCCCCACCUGGGUGCCCCCCUUGGUGUCCGUUAACGGCUGUUUCAGCUUGCUACGCAAGCUCUUGUUGGGUUCCCAGCCAGUGCCCCCUUCCCAGCCAGCCGGCUCCCCUCUGGCCAUGGGGACCCCAAGGGGCGCAGCUGCCCCUCAGAGGAAAGGCGUGCCAUUUCUGGGUCUCUGCUCUCCUGCUCCAGGUGGUUUGGGGAGCCGAGACGCAGGCGGGGGGGCUCUUCCAGGCGGCUCCGGAGGCCCGGAAGGAAGGAGCCCAGGUGCCGACCGGGCCUGCAGCUGACGCUGGAGAUCGUGGUUGGCUCAGUCGCAGGACGUUGUACCAAAGAGAGAGGAGGGGGUUAAAAUCAGCCUGUCUGACAAUCGCUUGUC